CACAUCCGUUACAUUAGCAUCCCUUUUGAUUUUAGCUAAUAAUUCGACGAUGAGCCGUAAGUACACAAGAGCUUUUAGCGACAAAAGAGCCGGUUCAGCUCAUUAAGAACAAACACGAGAGGCACCACGGGUCCACCGCUCGCUUUUAGCAUCGGCCAACAGCUGGAAGAUGGAGUAUCUUCUCACCGUCAUGACGACGCUCUCUGGAUGAGAGGGGGGACAUAAGACACAGCAUCAAACAGCUCCUUAGUGUAGCCAGGAAUGCAGUAGUGCCACUUGCAGACUGCAGUGUCAAGAGAGCCCUAAAAAGGGAAGGAGUCUCACUCUGAUUCCUGGCAGCUUGUGGAGCAGCGGAGGCUAAAUUAGGCCUGGUUUCAUUGACUACCAAUCCCCCGACUCCUUGCAGCCCCGCAGCCCAGAGGAGGGGAGGCCGUCUGGUGCUCAGGGCCUCUGAUGCUUCCUCAGAGCGUCUGCAGACACUGCCGGGUCGGAGACAGGUGCUGAGUGCUGCUGAGUGUUGCUGUGUGUGUGGGCUCCAGGGGCCUGCUUCAACAUUCCAGCGAUAGUUUGAUAGACACAGUCCUUGGGGGAGGAAGAGGAGGAGGCCAAAUGCCCGCGCCAACCUCGCAGAAGAAGAACCUAGGGGAGGAAGUGCCUUCCCUGAUGUCUGCUGCAGCUUUGACCUGCUUCUACAGCUGAAGCUCCACCCUCCCCCCGCCCCCCGCCUCGCUCGCUUGCUGCCACAGUAACACGAGUAUAAGGACAGCGACCACACCCUCCUCGUGGCCCACGCACCAACCUGCUCGUCCAUCAACACCAUCCACUCCUCGCGGCCUCAGCUCUCCUCAACAGACGCUGCCAACUGCUCUCAACUAGCUGACCAGCCUUACCACAGCAGCCCUACACACCACCAGGCCCACGCAGCAUCUCACCCACCUUGCCUUCAACGUUCGCCUUCAACCCUCUAAGCCUCCACUUGGUCUCCAGUGUCCUUAACCUUCCUGUAGUGGGCUACACACAGACUAUCACCUUCGUUGCCUGCUUCACUGCACCUAACCAGAGGGCUCUCGGUUCGGCCUGUUCAUCUUUUGCCUUCUUGGCUUCUGAAUGUGGUAGAUGAGACCCGCUUGGCAAGCAACAGUGAGAGAGCAAAGUUGAGCCAAGUGCGGUAACUUAACUGUUAGGCUGAGCCAUUUCCUGGAUAUAUAAAAUCUGUGGAAAAUUAUCCAAUAACAUUCACAGCCAAACAUCGUCCUGCAACAUUUCACUUUGGGAAGAGGAGCCCUCUCAAUCAAUAGGAACUUUAUUUUGAAUGUUCCAUUUCAACUUUAUGCACACAUAUCACAGACUUUAACAGUGAAUAAACAUAAAUAAUAAGACCUUAAAGUUGUGGAUUAAAACACUAGAGGUACUUUACUUGCGCCCGAACCGAUUGCAGCUCGGAAUACUUUUUGCCAAACUGUUGCCAUGGCGUUGAACAUGGCACACAUCCGCGACACAAAGUGGCUGACACUGGAGGUGUGCAGGGAGUUCCAGAGGGGCACGUGCUCGCGCUCCGACCAGGAGUGCAAGUUUGCCCAUCCGGCCAAGAGCUGUCAGGUGGACAACGGACGGGUCAUCGCAUGCUUCGACUCUCUCAAGGGUCGUUGUUCCAGGGAGAACUGCAAGUAUCUGCACCCUCCUCCCCACCUAAAGACCCAGCUUGAGAUCAAUGGCAGGAACAACCUGAUCCAGCAGAAGAACAUGGCCAUGCUGGCCCAGCAGAUGCAGCUCGCCAAUGCCAUGAUUCCUGGCACGCAGCUACCACCUAUGGUGAGAGGACACACACGUAUGAACAUACCACAGCUGAUGCCCAUGCCCAUGUUCUCGGUGUCGCCAGGCCUGGCUACCAAUGCCAGCGCAGCAGCAGCAGCAGCCGCGGCCUUUAACCCCUACCUGAGCCCAGUGUCCCCGGGUCUGAUGCCCCAAGAGAUCAUGCCCAGCACCCCUGUCCUCAUGGCCUCCAGCCCCAACGUCAGCCAAGUCCCCAACGCCGCCGCUGCUGCAGCCCAGAAGCUGCUGAGAACGGACAGACUUGAGGUGUGUCGGGAAUAUCAGAGAGGCAACUGUUCUCGGGGGGAGAACGACUGCCGCUUCGCCCACCCCGCAGACAGCACCAUGAUCGACACCAACGACAACACCGUCACCGUGUGCAUGGACUACAUCAAGGGCCGCUGCUCCCGGGAAAAGUGCAAGUACUUCCACCCGCCGGCCCACCUGCAGGCCAAAAUCAAGGCUGCCCAGCACCAGGUGAACCAGGCCACAGCCGCCGCGGCCAUGACUCAGUCGGCUGUCAAAUCACUGAAGCGACCCCUCGACGCAACCUUUGACCUGGGCAUCGCCCCUAAUGUCAUGGCUCCCCUGCCCAAGCGGGCAGCCCUGGAGAAGGCCAACGGGGCCUCUGCCAUGUUUAACACCGGCAUGCUCCAGUACCAACAGGCCCUGGCCAGCAUGCAGUUUCAGCAGCAGGCUGCUUUCCUCCCAUCAGGCUCAAUAUUGUGCAUGACACCUGCAGCCAGCGUUGUUCCCAUGAUGCACGGUGGUACUCCGGCCACUGUGUCUGCAGCCACCACAUCUGCCACAAGCCCCUUCGCAACUGCCUCCACCAAUCAGGACUCUUCCUUAUCAAAGUUGACUACCAACGAAUACAUGCAAUUGAUUCCAAUAAUAUCUGCAGAUCAUCUGAGUAGUCACAAGUACUUGACUCAAAUGUAGUUCCUCUCGAGAACAAUCAAAUGAAUGUGUGCUGGCACCGUCCAAGCCAAAAGAGUUCAGCCUUUAUGUACAUAACCUUCAGAAUGUCAAGCAAUGGGACAAGGAGGGUCUGCCAUCUCUCAGCCGGUCCACGACGAUGGGUCUCAUCACAUGACUAAACAUCAAGGGUGCAACACAUGAUCUGUGCCAUCUUCCCACAUAUCAACAUCAAGGAGAAUUUGUUGUCAAGUUCGACGUCCAGCUGUGGAGAAGAGGACAUCUUGGUGCCGGGGUCAGUGUGUCUCUCUCCCUCCGCGGGGAGGGGAGGGAACCUUCACAUCACACCUCUGUGUCUGACUUAAAAAAACAAAAUCAUCGCACUCAAUUUGUUCUAAUUAUUAUCAUUACUGCACGCACACAUGGUCAGGAGCGUGGUUGCAAUAAGCAACAUCCAGUGCUGGUACGUUAGUAGACCAAGAUCUUUCUUUCCUUUUUUAUUAAUUUGUUCUGCUUUAUUAUUAUUUUAUUUUUUUUAAUUGAUAGCCAUAUUUCAUAGUUUACAAGUGAAAUGCAAACAUGCACCUUGAAUUUGAAUUGAAAUCUGAAAGGCACAAUGAUUUUAACAGGAAUUUUAUUCGCCAAAAGAAUUAGGCAUGUACAGUAUUGUGUUUUUAACGGCUACUAGUGAAACUAGAUGUUGAAAUGAGGGUCUUGGACAUAUGAAUGUUCUGGGUAAACCAACAUACCUGUGUACCUUGAAAGCACAGCCAGGCUAGCUUUUUUCUCACCUUGUCAUGUGCCAUCAAGGCCAUACAGCUAAAACCAGAGUGUUAUCUCAGCAGUGUUAUUUGUUUACCGAAGGUAAAAGUUUUGUAUGGCUCUUUUUGUAUCGUUUGUUUUCAGAAUCUCCAUUGUGAGUGUUUUUUGUUUGGUUGGUUUUUUUUAACAUUUUUUUUUCCUUUCUCUAAUUAAUCAGUUUUAGAAGUGGGUUUCUCACCAUUUUUUUCUGUUAAUUCUGAUGUUUUUUUUCUUUCAAAAAUCAAAAAUGGAGGGUUUUUUUUCUAAAGUUUGUCGUACCUCUUUUCAUAGACUAGUUGUUUUUUUUUGUUUGUUUGUUUGUUGGGAUAAUGUUGUCGCUCAAGUCCCUUGACUCUAAAGCCUGGUGAAGUGGAGGGUGUAGCUUCAAUUGACAUUGUGUUACCUUGCUCUCCAUCUUUUAAAGAGGAGCGACUCUAAAACUGUGUCUCCAAGAAGAAGCACUGUUGAGCCAUGUGUUGAUGGGAAUUUUAAACAAAAAAAACAAAAAACAAAAAACAACAACAGACCCUGAAGGUCUAUUAGGUCAUUUUAAACCACAUGUGCACUUGAAUGAUUGUUCGUCCGGUCACCGUGUUUUUAAUUUCAAAAAAACUCAUCUUAGGUGAACUUUCACUUUUGAGGAAAGGCAACGCGUCAAACGCGUGUUUGUGUUUCCGCGCAAAACAUGAAGGUCUUCACUCAUUUGUAGAUGUGACUACAGAAACCAAAGCACAGUUUUUUCCUCUCAAUCACAUUCACGAAGGGGGGGUUACAGAAGUCAUCUCUCAAGAGGCUCAUGCGAUUAAGGAAUUAUCACCUCUCGUUCAUCGGUCCGUUUCAUGAUCACGUCCCUCUUUUCUGUUCUUCACAGAUGCGUGUAGUGUGUCUUUACCGAUUGUAAUGUACCUAACAAAGCCUUAGAUUACAAUUAAUGGGUCUCGGCCCAAUCAAAUGUACUUCAAUCACCAUGCAGGUAAAGAACACCAAUGAUGUUUUAUUGUUCUCUCACAUGCCGCUUAUGAUCUCUCUCUCUUUUUUUUUGUUCUCUCUCUCUAUGUAGAAGUAACAAUUACUCUCUUAAAUUUCAUUGAACUUAUGUGUUAUGUACUACUUAAGGAUUUGAAUCUAUUUGAGGUAUGUAGUUGUAGAUUUUUCUUUUUUUUGCCUUACUAUAUAUUACUUGACAACAUUGAUAUAGCCGUUGUAGAUUUUUGAGGUAGUAUGACAUUCAUAACUUUUUCAAACUAUAUAAAUGAUAAUGUGUUGAGUCAGUUUUAAAUAUUCACUUCAUUCAUAUAGCUGGAUGUCUUUUUUUUUCAUUUGAUGUUACAUUAUCAGUUAAUUCUGUCGAUGAAAGACUUUUUGUGAUACAAGGAACGAGAUCAAUUAAAUCUCCGAGUAGACAAAGAAAAAAAAAACUAACGUUUUAACCGACUUAAAAUUUUCCUUGUAACAUGUAAAGAUCAUGUUUGAAAAUAUAUUAUAUUGAAAUAUAGAUCCAUGUUUUAGAGUAAAAAUUAUUUUCUACUGUAUCCAUUUCAAAAGAAGAUAUGUACUUUUUGUUUGAAUAUUUCUUAAGUUUGCCCUGAAUGUCAGGCCAAAACGAGCAGUGAGAUAGACGGGUGUCUGGAUGUUUUUUUUUUUUCGGAGAGGACAGUGAGAUUAGGAGGCGAGGAAAUAAAGCGAAGGGCUUUUUUCCCGCACCGGAGAAGUCUGAAAUGCUGCAGAUGAUGAGUUCGAACCUAAGGGACGAAGGUUGACUUUUUGCACUUCUGUAUAUAGUCAAAUGAACAGAGAAAAAAAAUGUGUAUCAUAUUGAGAUAUUAUUUUGAAUAAAAAAAGAUCUAUAAUUAUAAGGAAUUUUGCUAGAUUAAUUUAAAUUCUUAAAAUUAGAAGACCAGCUAAAAAGAAAAAAAAAUUGCUUGCAAAAGAAGGGCACUAGUUUCUUGGCCAAUGCAUUCAGAGAAAGCUAUGCGCUUUUUGUCUUAUUUUAUCAGUGGCUAGUAUCGCCAGGGAAUGUUGUAGGGGAAUACAUAUCCCCACGUCAUGCUAACUCCACCUCCUCCUCCUGUAGGAUGACAUCUCCGAUAAUGUCCAUAUAUCAUUUGUUGGACUUGGUCACACAGUAUUGCUGCUCCCAUGGUACAGUCGACACAUAAAAACCUAUCGAAAAGAUUUAUAUUCUAUUAUAGUUUGAUUUGACUGCAUGUAAAAGUACAAACAUGUAAACAAAAAGAAACUGCGUAGUUAUGUAAAGAACGAUAACACACUCAGAUUUACAGAAUACACAAUAAUAUGUUCUUCUUUUCUUUUCAAAUUUAUACGUACAGUAGAUAACAUCCACAGUGGGGAGAAAUAAUACUUCAGAAACAAGUCAUCUUACUCUUGUGUGAUACAAUAUUUUCCGAUGCAAACAUAUUAUUUAAAGAAUGGUAAAAAAAAAAAAAAAACAGAAAAACAACAAAAAAUAUUAGCACUCAUCCACCCCAGAUACUUUUCUCAUAGCCAUAUAAUAAUGACAGUGGACACUGACUCACAGGGAAGCUGUUCCUGCUAUCAUAGCUGUGCACUCAGCAGGUGAAGGCUCACCAAAUGCGUAUUUGGCAAAUUAAGUCUCUGAAAUGAAUGUAACAGUCGCCGGUCAACGUGUUUUCUGACCUCCAGGCUGCUGUGUAGUCGCUACAGAACCAAAGCACCAUUUUUUUCUCCAAAACCGCACGUUCAGCCUCAGCGGCUGCAACCGAGGUUCCUCUCUUCCCUGCUGAGGGCACAUGUACACUUUGACUGCUUUUUACUUGUAAGUGCAACCACCGAUUACGUAUUUGCUAACAGUUGCCACACGAUAAUGUACUAUUCUGUCUUCAGAUUUGUUUAUGCACAUUUUAUUGUUGCCAUAAUUGACUCUUGCUGUAUGGAUGAAAAAAAUCUGAAUAAAACAAUAUUUGAUUUGCUCAUGCAA